GUCCCCCCCCCAAUCAUUGUGGGCGCCGCCGGGGCUCGGGGCGCUGUGCCGCGGGCGGGAGCCGGCGGCCGGCACCGCAGCAUCGUUCCCCCCGUGGGGCGGCCGUGUGCGGCCUGGGGCGAGCAGGUGGAGCAUCAGCCGCGCCCCCCCUCCGCGGUGUGAGCCUUCCUCCGCCCGCCUGGGCGUGCCACGCACCGGGGCGGCUCCUCCUUCCCUCCCUCCUUCCCUCAGCGCCGCCACUUCGCUUCGCUCCCCGCACGGGAAGGGUCCGGGUGCGUCGCCGCUGGCGGAGGAGCAUCCGUGCCCGCGGGCUGGGCACGGCGGAGGGGGUGAUCGGGGAGGCGGCGUGGGCCGAGCGCAAGCUCCGGGAGCAUCGCGAGUGGUGCUGUGCGUUGCCUUAAGGUGCUGCGCGGAGCGCGGUGGUUUUUAAGAAGACGUUUUAAAUUGGGGUGUUUUUGCGGUUUUGGAACCCCUGUCUGGGCUCCUGUGGCAGCCCAGCGAGGUGCGGCUCGUUACGUGGUUCUUCAUUGGGAUCUCCCUCCCUCCGUUCCAUCGCGAAGGAAGUCUUUGCAUUUGUAUGCGUUUAUUUUUCGGUUCCUUGCACGAAGCCCCGUUUUGGACGGUAUCGAUCAACAGGAAAGCUUUGGAGGAAGCGGCCGAGAGCAGUGACCAGUCUCCUCACAAUGUGGACCUUUCUGGGUAUCGCCUCGUUCAUCUACGUGUAUAAAAAGUGUGGAGACCUCAUGAGUUACGCUAACAAGGAGGUGCUGCUCUCCGUGUUAGUGUUUUUCUCCCUCGGCUUGCUGCUGUCCUACAGGUACCGCUUCAGGGGGCCCAAGCAGCAGCAACAGCAGCAGCAAAAGACCCACCUGGGGAUGCUCUCUGAUGUUCUCUCAACUUUACCACUUGUUGGCUUCUUCUGGGCCAAACCCACCCCAGGAUCUCAACAGGUCGAACAACCCAAAUCCAGAAAGGGUAAAAGAGAAGUAAGCUUCUCAGAUGUGUAUCUGACAGAAACAGCUCCAAAUACAACGUUAUCACCCCAAUACGACCCAGAAAUUAUCAUUGUGGGAUCUGGUGUCCUUGGUUCUUCAUUGGCCACGGUGCUCUCGAGGGAUGGAAGAAAGGUGACUGUGAUAGAGAGGGAUCUGAAAGAACCUGACAGGAUAGUUGGAGAAUUGUUGCAACCUGGAGGUUUUAAAGCACUUAGAGACCUGGGUCUUGAAGACGCAGUAGAAGGUAUCGACUCACAAACUGUAAAUGGUUACAUAAUUCAUGACAUAGAGAGCAAGUCGGAGGUCGAAAUUCCUUAUCCAACAUCUGAGGAUGGGCACGUGGCCAGUGGAAGAGCUUUUCAUCAUGGCCAGUUCAUCAUGGGUCUGCGAAGGGCAGCUAUGGCAGAGCCCAAUGCAAGAUUCAUUGAGGGGACUGUGGUAGAAUUGCUUGAGGAAGAUGACUGUGUCGUGGGUGUUCAGUACAAGGACAAAGAAACUGGAGACACCAAGGAACUUCAUGCACCACUCACUGUUGUUGCUGAUGGACUUUUCUCCAAGUUUAGAAAGAACUUGGUCCCCAACAAAGUUACUGUUUCAUCUCAUUUCGUUGGUUGCAUUUUAAAGGAUGCACCACAGUUUAAAGCUAAUUAUGCUGAACUUGUUUUAGCUAAACCCAGUCCAGUGCUUAUCUAUCAGAUUUCUUCAACUGAGACUCGCGUCCUUGUUGAUAUUCGAGGGGAAAUGCCAAAGAAUUUAAGAGAAUACAUGAUUGAGAACAUUCAUCCACAGCUACCUGAUCACUUAAAGGAGCCAUUCUUAGUAGCAGUUCAGACCGAUCGCUUAAGGACGAUGCCGGCCAGCUUCCUGCCCCCUUCAGCUGUAAACAAGAAAGGUGUUCUGCUUUUAGGAGAUGCAUAUAAUAUAAGACACCCUCUAACUGGUGGAGGAAUGAGUGUUAUUUUAAAUGAUAUUAAAAUAUGGAAGAGUUUGCUCCAGGAUAUUCCAGACCUUUAUGAAGAUUCUGACAUUCUUCAGGCCAAAAGAACAUUUUACUGGUCAAGAAAAAAGUCUCAUUCUUUUGUAGUGAACGUUCUUGCCCAGGCACUGUAUGAACUCUUUGCUGCCACAGAUGAUUCCUUGCAUCAGCUGAAGCAUGCCUGUUUCCAUUACUUCAGGCUUGGUGGAGAAUGUGUCUCUGGCCCUGUUGGAUUGCUGUCUGUGUUAUCUCCUAAGCCAAUGGUGCUGAUCGGCCACUUCUUUGCUGUAGCAUUAUAUGCUGUUUAUUUUUGCUUCAAGUCAGAGUCCUGGAUCACCAAGCCUCGAGCAUUUGUCAAUAGUGGAGCCAUUCUUUACCGGAGUUGCUCGAUAAUAUUUCCACUUAUUUACUCUGAAAUGAAGUAUUUAGUCCAUUAAAAUCCAGGGGGAAAUGACUGGAGGAAGAAAACACGAAAAUCACAACGCCUUCAAAAUCUUUGGAGCUGUUCUAUUUAAUAGUGUAUUAUGUUUUCUUCUCUACAAAACAUGAUUUCCUUGAUAAGGAUUUGACUUAAUUUUGGUUUUGUGGUUAUAUACAUAUAUAUUAUAUGUAAAUACUCUUUUCUUUGCAAUUUCAGUUCAGAGAGGAGGUAGCUGUUUACAAAGACCAUGAUUAUGUGUUGACAUGUGGUAGAUAAUUGCCAGUUUUGUCAGGAUUUCAUCCCUUGCUUUAGCCAUUGCUGAGUGCACCACUAAUAUUAAUAAACUGAAAAGUGAAAAUGGUAAACCAUAUGCUACUAUCAUCCUUCAUGCUUUCUUCUCUUCAGUAGUGCCAUAGACUGUUCCUUUACUGUGAGAUACUGUAACAUUCUUGAUUUGGGAUGUUUCAUUAGGAUUCUACUGUAACAUUCUUGAUUUGGGAUGUUUCAUUAGGAUUCGCCUCUGUUCUGUAUCAGUUGCAGCUGAGAUACUGGUCUACUGACACUUAAAAGGACACUGUAAAGGAUUUCAGAUCUCAAAGUGUCAUCAUGCCUUUACCUUCAGCCCCUGUUGCAAAUGCCAUCUUGUUCUUCUGAAAUCAUUCGUUACACCAAACUUCAUGUAAGCAAGUAAUGAUCAAACCAUAGUCAUGUGGCUACUGCAUUGCACUGGGGCACUGAAAAUGUCCUGGAAAAUUCCUUCCUAUCUCCCUCCCUUGUAAAACCUGAGGGUUUGGUUUGGUUUUGCAGGGGAGGGCAUGCAGCUGAAGCUUAACACUGCCACCAACUGAAGCACAGCAACAAAUCGCAUCCAGUGAAACAAAUUCAGGCCAGGCUGUUUCCAGUAGCCAGUAACCUUUAACAUCACUUCUAAAAACUUACGAGAAGUAGCACAAAAGUGUCCUUUUAAUAGUAUGUUUUGGGGAUUUUUUCCUAUAGAAAUUACUGCAUGCUACUGGAGAGUUCAUGUAUUGUACUGUUAGUCUCUUCCUCUCGGUGUUACCACCAUCAGUGUGCCUUCCUGUGUCCUUGUGUAUUGUCAGUUUUCUUUACCUUUCUUCUGCAUUUUUCUUAGAGUUGCUUUGUGCACCCCUGUAUGGCUCUGUUAUUGUUCAGCAGUGCUGAGAGAGCAGUAACAUUCCUCUGUACUGGUGAAACUUCUGACUCUGUCUUGAAAACAGCAGAUUGCACCAACUGCAUGGAAACAUCCAGUGUUUGAAGUGUGGAAAAAAAUCUGUGGAGAGGCUUCUUUAGCAUUUAAUUUGACAGAUAAUUUCAAAUGUAUUUUUCUUACCAUUAACACUGUUGAUACCCUCUUGAAAUCACCCACAUUGUAUGUCUGUGCUUUAGGGUAAAGCACUAAGAUUUUCAGAUACCAUUCUAUAUGGGAACUACGAGCUGCCCCUUUGAGGGUGCACCAAGGUUGCAGGGUUUAUACAAGUGUGUUCAAAACUGGUGAUAAUUUUGAAAAUACUAAUUUUACAUUUUCUAUUUUUUUAUCUCAUUUGCAGUCAGUCUCCUUAAAGUCAAGGAUAGAAAGUCCUGAGCCAAGCACCCAUCCUCAGCGCACUGUAAUAAAAGGUUAUGAUAUCUGUA